AUGUUCGCCCGGUCGAGGAAAAGUCACCGUCAGCGUGACGAGUUUCCCGAACCCCCUGGGAAUGAUUCCAGGAGCAAUGUCUUCCCCCCAGCAACGCGCGGCAGCUCUCUUCGGGGACGUGGCGAGUCCAUUGGGUCAACGGCUGCGGAAUCUACCUUCACAUCGCGAACAGACAACCCGAUGGCCGGCUCCGUCGACAGGAGUCGCAUAAAGCGCGACAGGACCUUUGUCGGCAGCGAAUGCGCCGUAUGCGAAGAGCCCUUGGAGCAUACCCUGCAGGGCGAGCGCGUCCUUCAAUUCUCCUGUUCUCACGUCGCUCACGAGGCCUGCUUCUACGAGUACAUACGCGAGCUCGACUCCCAGUACUGUCCUACCUGCGAUGCGCCGCUGCAUCUCGACACGAGCCGAGGAGGCAACGUCAUCGACAUAAGUCGGUUCUUCCACCGGGACAAGGUCACGCUUCCAGCUACUAAUUCGGCGGCAGAGAAAAUCAGCAACAUGGUCCGCACCGCCGGUGGCGACGCUCGCACCUCGACGCAAACCCCGACGCCGACCCUGACGCCGACCUUUGCGCCGACCUGGGACAGCCAGACGGUGAGGCCGCCCAGCGUCAACAGCUCUCAGAAGCAGCAUCAAUCUCAGCAGUUCAGCCUCAAUGGCCGCGACAGCGGGACCCGCGCGAGCGCCAGGGAUAGCCGUGAAGCCCCGCCAUCGGACCGCUACGAUUCCUCAAAGCACACGCGCAGCGACAGCGAGGCCGACGGCGUAGCCUCGUCCAGCGGGUACCCGGAAACGACGCAGAGCGGCCCUCCGUGGCGCCACGACUACGAUGUUCAGGCCAUGGAGACGACCCUAGGCAGCCCUCGCGGCGUCGCCAGGAACCCCAUUCCUCCCCCCACCGUCACCGUCCGAUCCGAGUUCCCAACCAUCAACAAAUCCCUCCAGCAGCAAACCCUCACCUGCCUCGUCACCGUCGAGGUGCCGGACAACAAGUGGAAGCCCGACCCAGAGGACAUCGGCGUCCAAGCGCCGGCGCCGGCGCCGCCCUCCGUCGGUGCACGCAUGGACCAAGGCACCUCGAGGUCUGUGACACCUGCCCCGAGCGUCCGCCGCUUCCAUCCAUACGAGCCCGCCGAAGUUCUCGAAGAAAUGACCGAGACUUUGCGUAACCGCGUCGAGAACUGGCAUGGCUUAGACUUCAGCAAAUUCGGCCAGCUGAGACUGUACGGCACUCUCCGGGUGGGCAAGGACAGGGCGACGUGGCAGGAGCUGGAAUGCUACCUCUUCGCCGAGAUGCUCAUCUGUGUCAAGGAGAAGAAGCUGUCGCCCCAGGCACAUCAGUGGGAUGACUCCGGUGCGCCGAGAAAGUUGACUCGAUGCACGCUGAAGGGCUCCAUUCUCAUCAAGAAGCAUCUCAACGAGGUGUCGGAGGCCGGAAGCAUGGACGGAAAUGUCCUGACCCUGAGCCUAUCCGUCGCCGAGCUGCCUCAGUUCCACCUAAAGUUUGAGAACCGGAACCAGCUCAAGCUUUGGAACCAAGCCCUGCUGGACCUGAACGCCGUUGAACCCUCCCCCACCCGCAGCCCGGAUCUCGACCGUGGCGACCUGUCCGAGACGGACGAGGAAGCGGACUGGCAGCGCUCGCAUCCGCAGCGAGUUUCGUCCACGACAUCCUCGUGGGGCCACAAGUCGGCGACGACGGCCCCCACCGAGUAUACCAACCUCGCGACCAAGUGCCCUAGUCCUGUGAGCUCGAUACACGUCCCCAUCGACGUUGUCGUCGUCGUUCCCAUCUCGGCAUCCAUGCAGGGCGUGAAGAUCAACUUGGUUCGCGAUGCGCUCAAGUUCAUGGUCGGCACCCUCGGCGAGAAGGAUCGCAUGGGACUGGUGACGUUCGGAUCCGGAGGCGGCGGCGUGCCCAUCGUCGGCAUGACCACCAAGGCCUGGCCCGGCUGGUCCAACAUCUUGGGCUUGAUCAAGCCGGUGGGACAGAAGAGCCACCGGGCCGACAUCGUGGAAGGUGCCAACGUGGCCAUGGAUCUGUUGAUGCAACGCAAGCACAACAACCCCAUCGCCACCAUCCUCCUCAUCAGCGACGCCUCCACGGCAGACGCAGAUUCCGUCGACUUCGUCGUCUCCAGAGCGGAGGCGGCCAAGAUCACCAUCCAUUCCUUUGGCCUCGGCAUGACGCAUAAGCCGGACACCAUGAUUGAGCUUUCCACGAGGACCAAGGCCGCCUACACGUACGUCAAGGACUGGAUGAUGCUUCGUGAGUGCUUGGCCGGCUGCCUCGGAGGGAUGCAAGCCCUGUCGCACCAAAAUGUGAAGCUCAAGCUCAAGCUUCCCGAGGGCUCCCCCGCCAAGUUCCACAAGAUCAGCGGUGCGCUGCAGAUCACCAAGCGAGCCACUGGCCGCGACGCCGAAGCAAGCCUCGGCGAUUUACGCUUCGGCGACAAGCGUGAUAUCCUCGUCCAGCUGGUCAUCAUGCCAGACAACUCCUCCCAGGACCAGUUGCCGCAAGAUCCUUGGGAUAACAUCGUGUCCGGCUUGGAGGCGCUCGGCGGGUCGUCGGACAAUGACGGAGAAAGGACCGUGUCCGUCGAGGAGGUCCCCUUGAUCCAGGCCGAUCUGAGCUGGGGGGACAUUCUCCGGGACGGCACCAUGACCCAGAUGCCACGACCCUCACUCCUGGCCAUCACAAUGUUACCCGCCAGUGCCGGCCAGAAGAAGUCGUGGCAGAAUGCGCCCCUGAUACCUCCUCACCCGAGCAUCGUGCAGCGGCGCAUGGAGCUGCUCACCUCUGACAUGCUCACACGAGCCCUGACCCUGGUCGGUCGUGGCCAGCAUGAUCGUGCGCACACUCUCCUCAACGAGACGCGAUCCAUUCUGAAGGGACUUGGCAAAGGUGGGCUGCCACCGGUCCCCCCUACGAGCAAGUCGGCGUCGCCGACGCCUCAUCUUGGCCACGAACAUCCCCCCAGCUCGACGGCAACCCCUGAUCGAAAGCAGAGCCCGUCGCCGCCUGCCUCGGUUCAUUCCUCGUCCGGAAACAACUUCCAGCCUGCUCAGCUCGGGCCCAGACAGGCCGACGGCAUCGCACUUGGCGUCGGAAUCGAUGCUACCACCGUGACCGCCUUGGAUGCCGAGCUUGAGAGCAGCCUGGAGUGGAUCAACCACCCUGCUGUCUUUGGCCGCGACAGCCGCAAGGCCGUUCUCCAGGCCAUUGGCGUCAUCAGUUCGCAGCGUGCGUAUACAUUCCGCACCCCCAUCGAAGGUCUUUGGGCAGGACGUGUGGGUGGCAUCAAGCGGUUGGCAGAAAAGAGCCGCGAGUGGCGCGAGGAAUGUGGCGAGGGCGGCAUCAUGGAAGAAGCAUAA